AUGGCACCAUUUGAGGCCUUGUAUGGGCGGAGGUGCAGAACUCUGUUGUGUUGGUAUGAAACUGGAGAGGCGACUCUGUGUGCACCAGACAUGAUCCAAAGGCAGAAUGAGCAUAUCAAAAUAAUCAGAGAUAAAAUGAAGAUUGCGCUAGACAGGGAAAAGAGUUAUUAUGAUAGAAGGCGUAAACCGUUGGAGUUUCAGGUGGGUGACCACGUAUUCCUGAAGGUCUCACCUGUAACCGGAGUAGGGAGAGCUCUGAAGUCUCGAAAACUAUCUCCUAACUUCAUUGGACCGUUCGAAGUGCUGAGUAGAAUUGGUCUUGCUGCAUACUGGAUUAUGUUGCCUCCGAACCUCUCGAAUCUACAUCUGGUGUUCCAUGUGUCACAGCUUAGGCGAUAUGUGUCAGAUCCUUCCCAUGUGAUUGAUCUUGACCCGGUUCAAGCAAAAGAAGACUUGUCGUAUGAUGUGUACCCGAUGAGGAUUGCGGAUCACCGUGUUAAGCAGUUGAGGGGCAAGGACAUCUCAUUGGUGAAGGUAAUAUGGAGUACAAGUGAUGAAGGAGAUGCCACAUGGGAAACAGAAACUAGAAUGAGAGAAUUACAUUCAGGUUUAUUCUUGUAA